CUCACCCCUCAUUUAUGUCUUUUAUAGCACAAUCUCAUGUUCUAGCUAUUGUUCUUACUUUCCUAUGUAAUAUGUUUCUCAGCAUAGAAACAGACCCGGCAUUUUCUAUCAUUCGUGAUUCUUUUCAUCCUACAAAUUAGGUUGAGUAUUAACUCAUAAAUCAUUUAAACCUCAUAACAAAUCAUCAACAUGACAUCUCUCAAACCUCGCACCAUCAUAAUCAUCGGCGCCGGCCCCCUCAUGUCCCGCAGUCUCUCUCUCUACCUCGCUUCUCACAACUGGCAAAUCAUUCUCAUCUCUCGCAAUCACUCCUCUCUCCUUUCUCUCGCCUCAGAAAUCAAUGAUCUCAACCCCAAAGCACCUCAAGUCCUCGUCCACCCAGGCGAUGCCAGUAUCCCAUCUUCUCUCCACAAAGCUCUAGAUUGGGCUGCCGAACAAGUAGGUGGAAAAGUAGAUGUCCUUUGCUAUAAUGCUGCACACGUGGCUCCGAGUCCUAUUCUGGAAUUGAAACCGGAAGUUUUAACACAAGAUUUUAAUAUUACGGCCAUGGGAACUUUGGUUGCUGGCCAAUGUCUUGUUAAAAUGUUCGAACAAGUUAUGGUACCAAAGGGGAUUCUAGUUGGUGCACCAAUUGUUGGAGGCGAAGUAGUGAAGGAGGGGAAAAUGUCUCCAGAUCGUAUUGUGGAUGGGGUUUUUAGACCUUUUCUUGAGGAGAGAGAACGAUAUAAAGGAAAUGAGGGAAAGUGGGUGUUGGAGAGAAGUUGGUUGCCAGAGGGGGGGUAUGGAAGUACGAAGACUGGUGGGACUUCUGGGGAUGGGAGUGGGAAGUAG